CUCCAUCCAGACUUUGUGCCACGCUACUCAGAGAUAAUAUUCCUUGGAUACUCUGUUUGCUCGCCUACACGAUUCUCGGCGUCCCUUGAUCUGGCAGGCCUCAUUCUGAUAUUACCCCCUCCUCACACAAUUGUUCCAUUCUCCUCCCAUCUCUAUUCGCCAUCAUGUCUUCUCUCGACAAGAGGCAGUCUACUGCCAGUGUUGUCCUCACUACUGAGGUCACCGUGGAGGUUUCUGUGCCCGACAAGGCUCUGGCCCCUACCGUGGGCGUCUACGCUGUCCCAACACAUGCCACCUCUGUCACGAGCAUCACAUCCAACCCGCAAUCCGAAAAGACAACGACCAACCCCUUCGACGCAGACAUUGAGGCGCUCAAUUCGCACAGCUCCCUCGAUAAAUCAGGCCGGAAAAGUAUGACCAUGGAAGCCGCCGCGAACUGCCCCGUAUGGCCUGGAAAGGACCACUGGAAGAAACAGGCUAAGCACGCCAAGAUGCAGCGCACGCGCUGCACCCCCAUGGCCAAGCUGAGCGCGCGCAACAAGAUCAUCGUCAAGAUCUUGAUCAUUGUGUUAGUCGUGGGAGCCGGCGUCAGCAUUGGCCUUGGUAUCAGCAAAGCGGUGGGCGCACCGGUCUGGGGCAGCAAGAAAUCAGACUGAAGGCAAACAUGAUGCCCGCGACGAUGCGCCUGACUACGAAACGUCACGCCACCUCAUUUCUCUCCAGCACCUCAAGCACAAUGACAAAGGGUCAAGCCCGCAUGAGUAACACACACCUCCAAGACUCAUGUUGCCAUCAAACCACGAAUCUGAUCUGGCGUCCCAUGCUGGCAUCAAUCUAUCCUCUCUACCGGACUUGCAUUCCCUACAUUAUGUCAUACAUUUCUCCCAUCUUCUUAUCUUGUUGUGUUCUUUUACUUCUUUUACUUCUUUUUCCCUUUCUUUCUUCUACUUUUG